CAACUGAAGAGCAGAGAGGGAGGCAGGCUCGCUCCCUCUCCUCUCAUUCACGCUGCUCAACCCCGUGGACAGUUUACAAGAAGAGGUUUGGCGUAAAUGUCAGACUAAACCAUCAAAAGAAACUAUAUUUUUGCGUAACAGUCAACCUUAGAAACCUUUCCUGGGGAUAACGUUUGACGCCGUUUUUGCGCUUUGUUUUCUAUUGAGUUUGCUGUGGGCGACGGGUAAAUGGAGUCCUCUCUUGAGUUUUCCAGCUCCCUGGGCAGCGUGUCCUCGCUGCUGACUCGCUGGCGGACCUUCAAGGUGCUGGUGAUCGGAGACUCCGGGGUGGGGAAGACCUGCCUCACACACCGACUCUGCGCCGGAGAGUUCCCCAGCAGAGCCGAGGCCACCAUCGGGGUGGACUUCCGCGAGAGACUUCUGGAUAUUGAUGGAGAGAAAAUUAAGCUCCAGCUGUGGGAUACAGCGGGACAAGAGCGUUUCCGGAAGUCCAUGGUGCAACACUACUAUCGUAACGUCCACGCUGUGCUCUUCAUAUAUGAUGUCACCUGCCCUUCCAGCUUCAGCAGCCUGUCUGCAUGGGUAGAAGAGUGCAGGCAGAACUCCCUCGGACAGGAAAUCCCCAGGUUCCUGGUGGGUAAUAAGAGUGACCUCCGUGACCCCCACAGGACGGACGGCCAGGUGGGGCAGGAGCGAGCGAUGAGCUUCGCCAAAGCCCACGGCAUGAUGUUUUUUGAGACGUCGGCCAAGAACCCGCCAAACAAAUGUGUGACCGGUCGCCGGGGUAACGGGGAGGUGCCGUAUCAGCAGGAUAAGGUGGAGGACAUCGUUGUUGCUGUUGGUGCCAAACUGAAGAGGCAGAAGAAACCUUCAGCGGUGAACACCCUGACGUACAGCGGGUCCUUUAAACUCAUAAACAAGACAAACCCAAAGAAAGAGCUGUGGACCUGCUGCUGAGAGAGAGACAGAGAACUGUUGGCCUUUUCAAAUGGAAGAACAUGACUUUUUAGCUCUUUAUGAGUGAAUGACCACAUUGUGCACAAUUUUCAUUUUUGACCAAAGACACCAAAAAUGCAAAACCUUUACAUUUGAAAUACAUUUGCUGUUACUCCCACACACAACUUUAAUAUUUAUACUCUUAACUAGAUGUCCUUCUUGGAAGUGUUGUGUAUAUUUGUGAUCUUCUUGUUUACAAUAGCUGCAAAAUAAAGACUGUGAAUGUAAACAUUA